UCCGAUCUCAACAGUGGUGGACACACUGACUGGCUGCUCCGCGUCACCAUGGACCCUGAAGGCCUCCAGCUCCUGCUGCCCCCUACGACCCUGGCAGCCCUGGUCAACAACUGGCUACAGGAAGACUGCCCUGGCCUCAAUUUUGCAUCCUUGGUCACGGGGUCUGGCCCCUCGCAGGCCGCGCUGUGGGCCAAAUCUCCCGGGGUUCUGGCAGGGCGACCUUUCUUCGACGCCAUCUUCACUCAACUCGACUGCCGAGUGACUUGGCUCCUCCCGGAGGGGUCGAAGCUGGUGCCCGUGGUCAAGGUGGCCGAGGUCAGGGGACCCGCCCACCACCUGCUGCUGGGGGAACGGGUGGCCCUGAACACCCUGGCCCGCUGCAGCGGGGUCGCCAGCGCGGCGGCAGCGGCGGUAGAGGUGGCCAAGGGCACGGGCUGGACGGGACACGUGGCGGGCACGAGGAAGACCACGCCGGGCUUCCGGCUGGUGGAGAAGUACGGGCUCCUGGUAGGCGGGGCCGCGGGCCACCGCUACGACCUGGGAGGUCUGGUGAUGGUGAAAGACAACCACGUGGUGGCAGCCGGCGGCGUGGAGAAGGCGGUGCUGAGGGCUCGGCAGGCGGCCGGCUUCUCCCUGAAGGUGGAGGUGGAGUGCAGCAGCCUGACGGAGGCCUUGCAGGCCGCCGAGGCCGGGGCGGAUGUGGUGAUGCUGGACAACUUCAAGCCCGAGGAGCUGCACCCCACGGCGGCUGCGCUGAAAGCCAAGUUCCCCCGGGUGGCUGUGGAAGCCAGUGGGGGCGUCACGCUGGGCAACCUCCCCCAGUUCUGUGGGACCCACAUUGACAUCAUCUCCUUGGGGAUGCUGACCCAGGCUGCCCCCGCCCUGGAUUUCUCCCUCAAACUGUUCGCUGAAGGGGAUACUCCAAUGCCUCAUGCCCGCCGGUCCUAAAGCCCAAGACGAUGCCACCGGAAGGCAUGACUGUGGCUGGCUGGGCCCCUCGGGUCACACGUCUUUAGGUUCAGAGGCCAACAGGACACACCUGGAAUUUACCUGGGCUUCCCAGCCAGCCCCAACGCCUCCAGCUCGUGUGACCCGCUGGGGCUGACACUGAUUUUGCUGGCCUCAGUUUUCUCCUCUGUAAAAUAGGUCUAAUAAAUGUUCCGCCUCCGAGACAGCUACCACACAGCAAA